CAUGGGCAACUGCCACACGGUGGGGCCUAACGAGGCGCUGGUGGUUUCAGGGGGCUGUUGUGGUUCCGACUAUAAACAGUACGUGUUUGGCGGCUGGGCAUGGGCCUGGUGGUGUAUCUCCGACACUAAGAGACUGUCUCUGGAGGUUAUGACCAUCCUGUGUCGCUGUGAGAAUAUUGAGACGUCGGAGGGGGUCCCGCUAUUCGUUACAGGGGUUGCACAGGUGAAGAUCAUGACGGAGAAGGAGCUCCUGGCUGUGGCCUGCGAGCAGUUCCUGGGCAAGAAUGUUCAGGACAUCAAGAACGUCGUCCUGCAGACCCUGGAGGGGCAUCUGCGCUCCAUUCUCGGGACCCUGACUGUGGAGCAGAUUUAUCAGGACCGGGACCAAUUUGCCAAGCUGGUGCGGGAGGUGGCAGCCCCUGAUGUUGGCCGCAUGGGCAUUGAGAUCCUCAGCUUCACCAUCAAGGAUGUGUAUGACAAAGUGGACUAUCUGAGCUCCCUGGGCAAGACGCAGACUGCCGUGGUGCAGAGAGAUGCCGACAUUGGCGUGGCCGAGGCCGAGCGGGACGCAGGCAUCCGGGAAGCCGAGUGCAAGAAGGAGAUGCUGGACGUGAAGUUCAUGGCAGACACCAAGAUCGCCGACUCGAAGCGAGCUUUCGAGCUGCAAAAAUCAGCCUUCAGUGAGGAGGUCAACAUCAAGACAGCUGAGGCUCAGUUGGCCUAUGAGCUGCAAGGGGCCCGUGAGCAGCAAAAGAUCCGGCAGGAAGAGAUUGAGAUUGAGGUUGUACAGCGCAAGAAGCAGAUUGCAGUGGAGGCGCAGGAGAUCCUGCGCACGGACAAAGAGCUCAUCGCCACAGUGCGCCGCCCCGCCGAGGCCGAGGCCCACCGCAUACAGCAGAUCGCGGAGGGUGAAAAGGUGAAGCAGGUCCUCUUGGCACAGGCAGAGGCUGAGAAGAUCCGCAAACUUGGGGAGGCUGAGGCGGCAGUCAUCGAGGCGAUGGGCAAGGCAGAGGCUGAGCGGAUGAAGCUCAAGGCUGAGGCCUACCAGAAAUACGGAGACGCAGCCAAGAUGGCCUUGGUGCUGGAGGCCCUGCCCCAGAUUGCUGCCAAAGUCGCUGCCCCACUGACCAAAGUUGAUGAGAUUGUGGUCCUCAGUGGGGACAACAACAAGGUGACAUCAGAAGUAAACCGACUGCUGGCCGAGCUGCCUGCCUCUGUGCAUGCCCUCACAGGCGUGGACCUAUCUAAGAUACCCCUGAUCAAGAAGGCCACUGGUGCACAGGUGUGAGGCUCCCGCAGGCCCACACCCUUCAGCAGCCACCUGCCCCACCCUCCAGCACCCGUUUUAAUACAACAGGGACGACAGGAACGUUAUUGACUCUGGUGCCUUAUUUUGUAGGGACCAGAAGUGCUGCGUGUUCAAGCCAUCUUUGGCUGUCUUCCUUUCUCUCCUGUCUCUGUCUCCUCCUCUUCCUCCCCUCACAACCUCACUUUCACUGCCACAUUCAUCUGGUUUGUGUCUUCAACCCUCAUCUCUCUGCCUUUGUCUGUCUUUUUCUCUCGCCACCCCCACCCCUACACACAUCAUGUAGUUUAAGCUGAAGAUGUUUAUUAUAACCACUGUCUGUGGGGGGUGGCCUUGCUGCUCCUCGGAAUCCUGGUGCCUUGAAGUUCUCCGUGCAUCUGUCAGUCCUCCCUAUGGCCCUGGCCAGAGCUCAGCAUGGGGGCAGGGGUUCUGGGUAGGACGGUCACUCUCCCCUCCCUGGCCUGGUCUUUCCAGCCCCUCACCCACUCCCCGCAGUAGGCCUGGAUUGCCAUGGACUGCAGGGCCCUGGGCCAUUGCCCUUCACUUCCUCCUCCCCAGGCCCAGGCCUGCUCUCAUAUUUUCCCCCUCCCUCCCUACCCCAGGGGCACAGAGGCAGGCCUUCUGUCUAUAGAGGCUCCCUCAGUUUACUACUGCCUUAGGAGGCCCCUGCUUGUGCUCAGGGAAAUCCUCCUCACGCGCAUGUCCCUGCUAGGUCGAGUGGGGCUUUGUCCCACCUCUGCUAAGCCUUUCUAGGAUCAGCAUCUAGCCCUGUUGGGUACAGGAAAGUGUGUAGAUCCUCUUCCUGCUAGGGCUGCACUGUCCUGGGUAUUGGGCCCCUCCAGUGAGCAAGGCUGUGCCAACUCUGUACGGAGUCCAGUGCUGUGGACUGGCCAGACCCCAUGCCCCUUGUGCUUUCUUCCUGGCCAGAGUGAUAGGGUUCCAGCCACGGGGCAGCAGCCCAAUCAUAUGUCUCCUUGCUUUAAUGGAGGCAAAAGAGCCCAGGGCCCAAGCAUCCUGACAGGGGUGCUAUGGGUCUCCUAUGGUCCUAGUCCCCCACCCCUGGCCCUACCCCAGCCUGUUCCUGCAUGUGGAUGUUGCAUGUCUAGUCUGGGGCUUGAUUGUUGCUUUGCCCCACUGCCUGUCCCUUCUGGUAAAAUAAAGAUUUCUUAUGCAUAGCCCAA